AUGAAGAGAAAGAGUGUCUCAGAGGUGAAGGCUAAAGCCCCAGUUAAUGAAGCCUCACCUUCACCGAAUCCUGAUCAGACACCAAACCAGCUCUCUGAAAAGAAGCGGAGAAUCCCAACAACAUCGUUGCCAACCUGGUACAAGGAACCAGUGAUCUUCAAAGAUGUAGCUGUGUACUUCAGCCAGAAAGAGUGGCAGCUACUGGAGCCUGCUCAGAAGGACCUGUACAAGGAUGUGAUGCUGGAAAACUACGAGAACCUGCUCUCUGUAGAAUAUUAUAUUUUCAAGCCAAAGUUGAUUACCAGGUUGGAGCAAGGAGUUGACCUUUUUGCCAAAGAGAACGAUGUUUCUGGAGACCCCCAGCAAGGUGAGGCAGGAGUCAGCAGAAGUGACACCUCUGCAGGGAAGAAGACAGAGAAUAAUUCCACAAAGGCAGAAAUCCGGAAGCCAGAUAAUUCUAAGACAACAUCACUGGAGAAGCGGAAGAAGGUAGAUCAAGGGGGUGGUUCCCAGAAUUUGAGAGCAGAAAAGACCUCAAAAAGUGAUGACAGGCCAUCUCAGAAUAAGGAGAAACGUGGCUCAACUUCGACUACAGAAGCAGGCAAAACUGCCACUCUUGGCAAUAAGGAGCAUGAAUCUGCGACCCCGGGCACAUCUUCGAGUCAAACAUCAGCAACUACAACACCACAGAGCACUCUUCCAGAAAAGUCGACGUCGGGGAAAGAUGUUCCUGGAAAAACACAGAACACAAGCAGUUCCACAAAUCCAAAGCGCAAGCCUGCCCGACAAGGUAAAAACCACUUUAAAUGCAAGGAAUGCGGGAAAACCUUCAACCAGACCCUCCACCUUGUGGAGCACGAGCGAAUCCACACGGGAGAGAAACCCCACAAGUGUGACACGUGCGGCAAAUCUUUCCGGCACCUCUCGUACUUCCUCACACACUACCGAAUUCACACGGGCGUGAGACCCUACAAGUGUAAGGAGUGUGGCAAAGCCUUCAACAGCAGCUCCACUCUCAACAAUCACUGCAGGAUCCACUCAGGGGAGAAACCCUUCAAAUGUGACGAGUGUGGGAAAACCUUCAAGCAGAGCACAAAGCUCACCCGUCACCAACGGAUUCACACCGGGGAGAAACCUUACAAGUGUGGAGAGUGUAACAAGUGCUUCGGCCGCAGCUCGUCCCUGAGGGAGCACAAGAGGAUCCAUACCGGAGAGAAGCCGUACUGCUGUCAGGUGUGUGGGAAAACCUUCAGGGUCAACUCACAUCUUUCAGAGCAUCAGCGGCUCCAUUUAAAGGUGAAGCCCUACAAGUGUGAUAAGUGCGGGAAGCACUUCCGAAACAGCUCGUACUUGACGGAACACAAGCAGAUCCAUGUGCCCGGGGCCCGAGUGGACUGCCCAGAAUGUGGGAAAGUCUUCGCUUGCAAAAUAGCCCUUCUCAAGCACCAGAAGAGACAUGAGGCAAACUCCAGGUAUCGGUGCAAGGGAUGUGGAAAGACUUUUAGGUGUAAGUCAAGCAUUCAGAGGCAUGAGAGGCUGCACGCUGGGGAGAAACCUUUCGUGUGCACUAAGUGUGACAAAGGUUUCACUGACAAAACUACAUUGAAUAAUCACUUGAAAAUCCACUCUGGAGAUAGGCCAGACCCAUGCGCCCAGUGCGGGAGAACCUUUAAAAAACUGGCUACCCUGCUGAUUCACCAGAAAAAGCAUGCUAAAAAGAAGCCCACAGAGGUUUGA